CUUCCCUUUCUCGUACACUUCCAACCCUAAGAACGAGGGUAUCGUCAUCAUUUAUUCGACACUUCCCGGUGGUUCUGCGCUCGGCUACAGCACAAGCUGAAGCUAGACGUAAGUUCGAUUCAGUCAUCAAAUGGCUCCCAAUUGGACUUCCCCCCUUUCCCUCCCUCUCUUCGGUUACGAAUGAAUCAGACUGUGUUAGCCUGUAUCAUGCUUUCCAAGGAGGAUGUGUUCCGCCUGGUGACUACGUCUUUGACUCCUCCUGAGGCUACUGCAGCACAAGGGUGCCCUGCUGGCCGUCGCACCUGCUCGGGUGGUGGUGCCGACCCUAUUCACUACCGCAUGGAUUACAGCUCUGACAGCUGCAGGUCCCAGUUCACGCAAUGGCCUUGCAAGAACAGAUGUCGGUUACCGUUUAGGACGUUGAAUCAGAGCGGGAUUAGAUUUCGUUUUCGGAGAAAAAGCGUUGGGCGCCAGUUGUGAGACCCUAAUCACAACCAAUCCCACCUGUGACAGCCACAGGAACCAGUUCACGACAGGGUCAUAUUGACUUGCCCUGGCGUUUAAAGCUUUGAAUCAGAGAGUACAUGCAUUUUGCUCUAGGAAGAUCCAAAUUCCGG